AUGCCUGAGCCAACACCAAUAGAUGUAAACCUGAUGAGCCAGACUGAUCAAAUAGACAAUCCAGAGGUACUAUCUCCCGUAAUUGAACAUGUUGAACAAGACAAUUCGGCACUGCCUCCUUUGAUUCAUCGUUUCAUUUAUAAUUGGCUUAUCACUGAUCCUGGACUUAAUUACACAACAAAGAAAAACUAUCAGGUCCAGAAGCAUGAAGAUAUGCGUACACUCUACUUCUGUGGUGGGAGGCUUCGUACGGUCAAGCAACGGCCCUUGAAUUUGAUUACUGGUGUACUCAUAGUUCUUCCAGCAGUACUCUUUUGGGUGUACGAGGCGCAAUGGGUUUGGGAAAACGUUUCUCCUGCACCAGUGAUUAUAUUCACCUAUCUUUGGUGUGUUACAUUAGCUCUCUUCUUCAAGGCAUCUACCUGUGACCCUGGCGUCUUACCGAGAAAUAUCCAUCUCCCAUUGAAUGUGGAUCCUGUAACUCAUCUGUUUAUAGCGAAGGUGGUUCCAGAGGAAUAUUCAAAUUCAAUAUCACUCCCACAUAAAUCAAAAGAUACAACAAGUCAAGUGGUUCCUACAUUCACAAAAAAUCGUGAGACUUCUUCCAACUCCCCUGGAGUUCUCGUGAAAUACUGUGGAACUUGUCACAUAUGGAGACCUCCUAGAGCAUCACAUUGCACUGUGUGCAAUGUAUGUGUUGUUAAUCAUGACCAUCAUUGUGUCUUUCUUAAUAAUUGCGUUGGGAUACGCAACUACCGUUACUUUUUAUGGUUCCUAGCAUGUUCAUCUCUCACAAGUAUCCUCUUGCUGGCGCUUUCCUUCAUUCAAGUCGUACACUACAAAUUUAUGAAUGACCCAUUACUCGAUGACUUUGGUGAUUCUAUCUACAAAUACCCCGUAGGGUUCUUCCUUGCACUCUAUGGUACAGUGAGCCUUGUGUACCCAACCCUACUUUGGGGACUUCAUCUUUGUCUCACAGGUUGGAACCUUACCACUCGUGAGUAUCUCAACAAUGUUUGGGGCCGUAAACACUCAAAUUUUGUAAAUGUGUUUGAUACACAAUCGCUCAUCAAGAACCUUUAUAUCAACUGGAUAUCCAAACCAAAUGGUAUCACAUUAAUGCGCAUGACUGACCCGUACGAUCCUGGUGAUUUACGAAUGGAGAAGGUUGCCCCUCUCCUGGCAUUUCCAACAAUGUAA